AUGGCACAGGCUCCGCAGUCGAUAGAUUUCGACAAGAUCCGCAAGGCGUCGGACGGCAGCAUCACGGGGAUGUUGUCGCUGGGGUUCAAUGAAAUUGUCAUGAACAAUCCGUAUUUUGCAGCCGGUGGAGGCCUCAUGCUUUUGGGAACGGGGCUUGCAGUGGCCCGGCAGGGGGUAAUGAAAGGGUCGGGGUUCUUGUACCGACAGAUGUUGGUUGACUUGGAGAUUCCGUCCAAGGACAAGUCGUACUUGUGGUUUCUUGAGUGGAUGUCGAGGCACAAGCACCGGCGGUCUCGACAUUUAUCCGUCGAGACCAGUGUCGUGACCCACGACAAUGGCGCCAUCACCACAAAUUUUUCGUUGGUUCCGGGGCCAGGGAAACACUUGAUCCGAUAUAAGGGUGCGUUUAUGCUUGUCAACAGGGAGCGGUCGGGCAAGAUGUUGGAUAUGACCAGCGGCACCCCUUUUGAAACCGUUACUUUGACCACGUUAUACCGAGAUCGGCAUUUGUUUAAUGAGAUGUUGCGAGACGCAAAGAACUUAGCCAUAAAAGCCAACGAGGGCAAGACUGUCAUAUUCACGUCUUGGGGUCCUGAAUGGCGCCCAUUUGGCCAGCCCAGGUCCAAGCGGUUGUUGGGCUCGGUGAUUUUGGAUCAAGGGAUUGCAGAGGAUGUGGUGGAGGACGUGCGCGACUUUUUGACUAGUGGCGACUGGUACCAUAAGCGAGGUAUACCGUAUAGACGAGGCUAUUUGCUUUACGGGCCACCAGGGAGCGGCAAGACCUCGUUCAUCCAAGCAUUGGCUGGAGAAUUGGACUACAACAUUUGCAUUUUGAACUUGUCGGAGAACAACUUGACCGAUGACCGGUUGAACCACUUGAUGAACCACAUUCCCAACAGGUCGAUUCUCUUGUUGGAAGACGUCGAUGCAGCAUUCAACAAAAGAGAGCAAUCGGCGGAGCAGGGCUACACUUCGGGCGUAACCUUCUCGGGGCUCCUCAAUGCGUUGGAUGGGGUCGCCAGUGCGGAAGAAUGCAUAACGUUCAUGACCACAAACCACCCAGAGCGUUUGGACCCUGCAUUAUUGAGGCCGGGGCGUGUCGAUUACAAGGUUUUGAUUGACAAUGCCACCGAGUACCAAGUGCGCAGAAUGUUUCUCCGCUUCUACGAAGGCGAGGAAGAGUUGUGCAACGAGUUUUUGGCCAAGUACAGGAAGUUGGCACUUCACCACGUGAGCACGGCCCAGCUACAAGGGUUAUUUGUCUAUAACAAGAGGGAUCCAAAAGCCGCUAUCGAAAUGGUGGAAACGCUACAGAAUCCCAAUAUUGCAUUUUAG